AUGGAACCACCCCAGUCGACACUGAGUCUCCUCAAGGGCCCAACAGAACCGCCUCUUUGGCAUACGUCUCUAGGCUCUCUCGUGGAUCAGCAAGCAUUUCAGUACGGGGACCGGCCCGCAGUCAUUAUUCCAUGGCAAUCAGCGCGCCUUUCCUACCGCCAGCUGGCAGCUCGAAGCUGGGUAGUAGCAGAAGCUUUAUUCAAACUCGGGCUCCGUCAUGGCGAGUGCGUUGGCAUUAUGGCCGGUAACCGUUUCGAGUAUCUGGAAACCCUCCUUGGAGCAUCUAGACUCGGAUGCCCUGUUGUGGUUCUGAACACGACAUAUACUCCUUAUGAACUUCAGAAUGCAUUACAGAAAAGCAGUUGCAAAGUGCUAUUUAUUGCACCCUCUAUUGGGUCUAGACAACUGCAUCAGCAUAUCGAGCAGUUGCAUCAGCACAAUACACCAGGGUCUCCACUUCCUGAUUUGUUACAAGUCAUUUCUUUUGAUGAGGUAUCCGGGCUUAAAGGAGAAGUCAAAAUUCAAGAGUAUAAUUCGUUUCUGUCGACCUCAUUAGUUGACGCGGCGAGUGCUGCAGAAUUGAAACGGAUUGCACAGUCGGUCACGCCCGAAGACAUAAUCAACCUUCAAUUCACCUCAGGUACAACUGGCGACCCGAAAGCUGCGAUGUUGUCAAGUUUCAACAUCAUCAACAACGGAAGAUUCGUAGGGGAUGCCUUGCACUUAACUGAACAUGACAUAGUGUGCUGUCCACCGCCAUUGUUUCACUGUUUUGGCCUUGUCCUUGGGUUUAUGGCUUCUUUCACUCACGGAAGUGCAAUCAUUUUCCCGUCGGAUAGUUUUGAUGCAGGCCAAGUGAUACAAUCCAUCAUAGACUACCACGCCACGGUGCUGUAUGGAGUGCCGACCAUGUUUGUCGCGGAAAUGGAAGUGACGGACAAGAUAGGGUGGACUCCGACAACUUUGCGAUUAGGUCUAAGCGCUGGUUCAACUAUGCCAGCGGCCUUGGGCAAGAAGAUGAGCAUCAAGAUGGGCCUUGACAAGGUUCUCAUCGCGUAUGGAAUGACGGAAACAAGUCCAGUAACAUUCCUUACAAACAUGGAAGACUCGCUUGAAAGACGACUGAAUAGCAUCGGUCGGAUCAUACCACACGCGAUGGGAAAAGUCAUUGACAGCGAAGGAAACAUUGUGCCAAGAGGCAAAAAAGGGGAGCUGUGCACCAGCGGCUUUGGCUUGCAGAAGGGUUACUGGAGAAACCAAGCGAUGACAGACGAGGUCAUGAAGAAGGACAAAGAUGGAGUUCUGUGGAUGCACACUGGCGACGAGGUGUUUGUUGAUGACGAUGGAUAUGCCUAUCUUACUGGUCGUAUCAAGGACAUGAUCAUUCGCGGCGGCGAGAAUAUUUUCCCUCGAGAAAUCGAAGAACGGCUUCUUGAGCAUUCAGCCAUUGCAGAAGCCAGUGUCGUCGGGAUACAUGACGAAAAAUACGGCGAAGUAGUGGGCGCCUUUGUGAGAUUGGCGCCUGCGGCAAAAAGCCGACCCCGUGAUGAAGAGAUUCGUGCUUGGGCGAUAGAGAAAUUGGGUCGACACAAGGCGCCCAAGCAUAUUUUCUGGGUGGGUGCUGAGGAAGCCGUGGUCAAUUUCCCUCAGACCGGGAGUGGAAAGAUCCAAAAACAUCUACUUCGAGAUAUUGGGAAUCGACUUGUCAAGCAGAGCAUGAUCAGGCCUAAACUAUAG